ACCCUCCGAAUUCCCUUUUUAUACUCGCAUUUGCUUGCUCUCUUUCUCUCUCUCUCCCGUUCAUCUUUGUUUGCGACAACCUUAAACCAUAACUUAAUCAUGAAGAAGCUCAUCCGCCGCCUCUCUCGUGUCGCCGACUCAUCUCACUACUCUCUCUUGAGAUCCGACUCUCGGCUCUCCCUCCGGUCACACAGCUCCCUAAAGACACAACGGCACGGCGGAGUACCCGAGGGACACCUUCCCGUUUACGUCGGAGAUGACAUGGAGCGAUUCGUCGUCAGCGCACACUUACUCAGCCACCCAGUUUUCAUCAACCUCCUUAAUAAAUCCGCUCAAGAGUAUGGUUACCAACAACAAGGCGUCCUCCGCAUCCCCUGUCAUGCCCUCCUCUUCGAACGCCUCCUGGAAGCCUUGCGACUUGGCCAAGAAGCCUCCUACGACCAGCUUCAGCUCCUCCUCUCCGAUGAAUUCCUCUGUUAGCUCUAUUUUUCCUUAAUUUUUGAAUCUUUUUAUAUACGAUGACAGAUCGGUUUUUUUUUGUGUGGUCUGUACAUACAACGUCGAUCUCAUGUGUAAUAAACGUGAGGCCUGCACUAUUUACUAGAGAUAUUAAACUAAUUAGUGAAGAUGAAUGAAUUAUUACUGAUAUUUAUCUGCAUCUUGGUAGUGUUUUGGAAUUUCUUUUUUCAGUUUGGUAUGCAUCUGGUUAUCGAAUGAAGAGUAUUUGUUUGUAUGGUA